AAUCACGGCUGGCACGGCCGUGAGAGCGUCCGACGGGAAGUGUUGUCGUUCGGAUUCGCGCCUGUUUAUAACAGAUUCGGUGCAGCGAGAGCCAGCCGUGCGGCCGACGACGAUGAGCGCCGAGGAGGAAGUGUUGCGUAUUCAGAUGAAGCUGAAAAAGAUGUCGAGCGGUGACGAGACGGGCCAGGAGCAGGCUCUGGAAUUGCUCAAGAUACUUCAGAAGCUGCCUGUCGACUUGGAGCUCUUGACUAAGACACGCAUUGGAAUGACUGUGAAUUCCUUGAGGAAAUCGAGCAGGGACGAGGAAGUUAUUUCUUUAUCUAAGACGCUUAUUAAGAACUGGAAAAAGUUCUUAUCUGGGUCAAAUAAAGAGAAAGACUCCACGUCGUCGAGUAGUUCGAAGAAGAAGGAUGAAAAACUGGACAAAGCGAAAGAGGAAAACGAUCAGAAGAAAGAGAAAGAUACGACGGACGCCGUCGAAGCAAAGGUGAAGGAUGAUAAACCCGUCAAAGAUAUUCAAAGGAAACAAUUGUCUUUCCCCGCUCCUACCACAACAGACGCGGUCAGAUUAAAGUGCAGAGAGCUGCUGGCGACGGCUUUGCGCGUCGAUGGAAAAGUCAUCGAGGGGUGUGCCAGUCCAGAAGAAUUGGCGGAAGAAUUGGAGGAGGCGAUCUACGGGGAAUUUAAGAACACCGAUAACAGAUACAAAAAUAGGGUACGCAGCAGAGUGUCUAAUUUGCGCGACAUGAAGAAUCCCACUCUAAGGACAAACUUUUUAGUGGGUGCGAUCACGCCUGCCAGAUUAGCGGUGAUGACUGCCGAAGAAAUGGCGAGCGACGAGAUCAAGCAGCUACGCGAGCAGUUCAAGAAGGAGGCCAUCAACGACGCGCAACUCGCCACCGUGCAGGGAACCAAGACCGACUUGCUCAAGUGCGGCAAAUGCAAGAAGCGCAACUGCACAUAUAAUCAAGUGCAGACGCGCUCGGCCGACGAGCCGAUGACCACUUUCGUGUUGUGUAACGAAUGCGGAAACCGAUGGAAGUUCUGCUAAGCUACUGUUUUUCUUGACCUAUGCUAUACCGUGACGAAAUGUAUCAAGCAUCAUCCGCUUAGAAUUCAAUACUUAUAAGUUAAAUUAAAGAUUGUAUACUUGUGGUUUCUUGAUUAUCGCAUUACAAGAGGAAACUUUGUUCGGCACUGUACACCGUCAUUUUUUUUAUCUUUCGAAUAUCUCUGGCUUUUUGUUCAGAAAAUCAUGUAUCUUAGUCUAAAGAUAAUUAUAUGCUGUAAAGAUUUUUUACAUCUGUUGCAUGGUCUAUGUUCUAAAGAUUACCUGAAACAAUUGCGGAAAUUUUCUUUCGAUUGAGUAACCGAAUUACACAGAUGAGCAGUGUACAUGGAUUCAUUGAGUGUAGUGACAGUCUUUGCGAAGAGUACGUUUUCACAUUAUUGUAUAUAUUAAAACCGCUCCAUUAGAUCAGAGCUUCAUGGAAAUCUGAAUGCUCCUCGGGAAAGCGUGAGAACAUCUAUAAUAAAUAAUGUAUCUUUUUAAACGGCAUUUUAAUUCAUGCGCUUUUAUUCUAACUGCGAUUGCGAUUCUGAGUUUACUUCAGCCCACUGCAAGUUUACGAUUGUGUGCAUAAUUGUGUGAUAUAAGUAGAUCAUCACACUUUGUCACUGCUGAAAUGCAGAUGUCUAUAAGAGCUAUAAAUUGUAUCUACAAGUCUGAAAUAUACAGAUACAACACUGUC